GGCAAUACAUUUCAAAAAUCGUGUAAGCAGUGCAAGCGCUUUACAGAAACGAAACCGAAACACAGGUUCGACGCGUGGCGUGGGUAUAAGCCAGGGAGGUUAAAGAACCCCUUGGCACAAGAUAUAGAGAAAGUCAUUCUUUCUCUAUGGUACAAGACAUAAUGCAUCAAGCUGUCGUGCACAGAGGUAGACAUCCUUAAUAACAUACGUUCACUUCCUUUUGCGUUUGUUUCACUCUUUAGCGAACGAAUUGCGCGACUUACUUUCUGCGUUGACCCGGGGACGUUCUUUGUUAGAAGACAACGAAACCAAAACGAGGAGCCCUUUGGCGCGCGUGGUCUACUUCAAGGGGCGAUUCCGACAAAGCCAGAAGCUACGCUUCGGCGUAGAAACUGCUGGGCUUUCGGAAUUGCCCGCUGUCAUCAUAGUGGCCUCGAAUCCGCAACGCCGCUUGUAACAUGAAGGAGCCUCGCAGGGGACAUUCUCGGCGCUGUCGCAGCGUUGAAUGCCGCAGCGAAAACGCCGCCGAAGAGCACCUCUUCAGGAAUCCUCUCAGCAAGUGGUACCGCGGCCGACGGCGAAGCAAGGACGACGAGGCUGGGCUGCUGGACGCUGAGUACGACGCUGGCCAUGAGAGCCACUCACAGCAGCAGGUGCGUGGCAGCCGACGACUCACGGUGGCCAGUAAUAACAGCAGCUUGGGCAGUAAGCCAAAAUCGGCGACAAAACCUAACAACAGCAGCAGGAACAACUGCUCAUUGGAGAAUUCUGCUUCCUCCACGACAUCGCCGCCACUGCACAAGCAGACAGUCGCGGCCAGCGGCGGCUACGGCCCGCGGGUCCGCAUCUCCCUGCCAGAGGAAGACCUGAGCACCAGGGCCAAGCAGCAGAGGCGCGCUGUGACCCACCAGCAACAACAGGUGGGCUGUGUGGACAGAUCCGAGGCGCCUGCUGUGCCACCCAGACCCACGUCGUGUCAGCCCCCACAGCAGCCCAGCAAAACACGGUCGUUGUGUCCUGCUGAAAGAGCUCGGUUGGCAUUCCCGGGCUGCCACAACCAAGAAACAACGUCCAGCCACUCACCAUCCAGGGUUCUUACACAGAGCCCUGCUAGAGCCAUGGGCGUUCAGUCACUGGAUGCCCUGCUUGGCCAGCUCUGUUCGGGCAACUGUAAGAUCUCCAUGAAGGUAAAGGACAAAGAUGGCAAGGUGCACAAAGACAAAGACAAAGACAUCAAAGUCCACAAGGAUGACGACAGCAAGGCACUUGCCCACAAAAGCAACGACAUCUGUUGCAUGAAAGAGGCGACUCCGUGCAGCCAAAGUCACUUUCCUACCAGCUUCCCAACCAGCAUAGAGGUCCUCAUGACAGUGAAUCACUCAUGCACAACGCAUCGAUCACUAUCGGAACGAAGCCUGCAGCGCGACAGCUCGAUGGUUAGUGUGGUGCACUCCAAACCAGGCCACCAAGACAUCAUCUCCAUCCCCAAGUCCCGCUUCAUCGUUGUGGCUGCACUACUUACCUUUGUGAUGGUGGCUUGCUUUUGCAUCACCAUCUACUCUUUCUCAGUACCUGCAGAACACAACCACUUGCAUGGAAAUGAAUCCACCAAAUCAGCAAGCCCAAGCCAGAAUGUGCAAUCUUCGUCGACCUCAGCUAUCACUGGCAAUACCACUACAGUCACCAUUCCAGCUGCCACAUCAGCUGCACCUCGAAUAGUGCAAGCCCAGUACGACGCCCUACUACAACAUCAACGGACAGACAGUAAUGGUCUGUCAAGUCGGCCACGUGUUGUGAUCUUGUAGUCUAGAAUGCCAUUUAGCUCUGGAAAUUUGUUGUUUAAUGGGGAGAACAAUCUAUUGAUGGGGAAAGACUGCUUUAUGAAUUAGUUAAAGCACAUGCAAGGAAGGGCAAAGUGGUGGGGGGUAGGGAAGGAAUCCGCUAUCAUGCUUCCGUAAAGAAGACCUACAGUGCUUCACUACUGAUGAGGAAGGUUGUUGCCACUACAAUUGUACCGCUUGCAAGAUGUCAAUAACACAAACCCCAGCACUCAUGGCUGGCUAUUAAGAGAUGCAUGAACAUAAAGUAGAAAUAACUUUGACAUCGGUGUUUCCAUAACAAUGGAAGUGGAACGAUUUCACUGCGAAUGAUCUAGACACGAUUACAGGUGCAAGAACCCUCAGUUGUGAUAAAUAAGGCGUGUCAGAAAUCCGCACAUCAGUUAUGAAUAAUGUUAAAGUACUAUUCAUAUGUCUUACAUAGCUACAGCAGCUAUCUAUGGUUGUGUCAUGAGCAUUUCUAGUGACCUUUUACCCAGAAGGGCUACGUGCAAGCAUUUCUGUGGAAAUCUCUUCAAAUAGCACAGCACUUCUUUCCUCCAAGCUUUUACGCAUAAAUCCACAUUCUGUACGCAACCAACGAGACUUGCACAUGAAGUUGAUGCUGCGUUGGGAAUAAUGAUCAAAACACUUUUUGAAGUCUUUGUAUUCACCUGCUUACAUUGCUUUCUUGAAGAGAUGCAGAACCUGGCUUUACUGAUUACUGCUUUGGAACACUCUCUGCUUGUUUAAGGAAAGGGAUUACAUUUUUUUCCAGAGACAACUUUCACUGAAAGCCAAAUGUUUGUUUCAUUUUCUCUCACACCCAAACCACGAAAGUGAUGACGUGAUUGAGUGAAGACCAAAAGUUUGCAAUCUUCUCAACAGUACUGGUCCUGUUUCAGCAAGAACAGCCAAUUCACAUCUUCACAAUUGCAGCAGACAAUCAAAGUUUAGACUUUCAGGCUUCCAUCUUCCAUGCUUGAGUGAUGAUGGCUGUGAGGACAAGAUUGCAUGAAGUCCAAGAUUUCAUCUCACAAUCUUGGUCUUGUUUUGGCAAGAAAAGCCAAGAAGAUUGGCCAAGCUGAAAUUCAUUCCUAGCAUGUUAUGCAAUUCCUUUUCUGACAAUUUUUUACCAUCAACAAAUUGACUAGCUCUGGCCAGCCACUACCACAUUUUGUAACUUUAGAUUUCAUUGCUUUAUGUGCCUGAAAAUGUUGCAGCACGUCUUUCUCUUUCGCAAUUUUUACCAGUUGUACUAAACUUUUGCGCUUAGGUAUUCUUAAAGGGGCCCUGAAACACUUCUUGAACAUAGCAAGAUGAUGUUGCCAAUCUGUUAAUUAGGCUUCUGUGAACAUGUGAGCCAAAUAUUAUUGCACCGCAUGCAGGAUGGAAUUUACAAUCUUGUGUCAAAAGCAAUUAAAGACCACUUGCUCUCGCUUUCGCAAUGUCAUCAUGCAGCGUCAUCGCAAGCUGCUGGACCCAUAACUGUUAUUGGCCGAUUUUGUGAUCCCAAGAACAUUCUUAGCAAUACAAUUAUUGCUCAUUUGAGUUAAAUAAAUGAGAAAUACAGUCGAACCCGGGUAUAUCGAACCCUGAUAAAACAAAUUAUUGUGUAUAACAAACAGCUGUAAAAUUCCCCCAAGAAAUUUUGUAUCAAGUUUUUUAUUUUAUAUGUUGGAUUAUUGAUAUAUCGAACUACUUUGCAAUACCCUUCGAGCUCGAUAUAUCCGGGUUCAACUGUAUAUGUGUCUGCAAUGUCAAAAAAACAGACACCAUUUCAUCUUUGCAUUGUCGAUGACAGUUGCGCGUUGCUGUGCGUGGCCUCCGAGAUCAAAAUCAUAGCCUAGAUACAGCAGCCGCCACAGGGUGCCACCACAAGCCAUCUCGCAUUCAAACACUGAAGAGGGCCAGCGGUGCAUUGCUCCCUUGCACCCCGUGCCGUCUCCCCUGUGUAGCUUCCAGCGCACUAGCGGAAAUGAAAGGAGAGAAGGCUGCUCAUCGGUCAGGCACUAUGUCUAACUUCACUUGUGCUUCAAGGAUUCGAAAAAUUUUUGUGGCAUGAGAUUUUUUUAGACAACAUAAUUUAAUAGCGAUGUCAUUCUAUCACUAGAUCAGUGGUGGAACAGCCAUUUGAAGAUAUGGUGCAAACUUCAGUGCAGGCAAAAAGCUAAUUUGGAGCAGCGUUGAAAGUAGAGUGCUUGGUCUCAGUGUUAACUUAAAAUGGUCAGUAAAUAUAGCAGGGCCGGUUUAUUGCACAUCAAUGCAGCAUCCAGGACAAAAUUACCUGCACAUAUCUGCAUAUAUUGCCGCAUAAAUCAGCUUCUAUGAUUUUGACUUGCAAUCUGCAUGUUCGCCGCACUUCAAGUGAGCAAGAAAAAAGUAUCACACAAGGGCAUGUAAAGAAGACCAUGCCCUAUAGGUCUUGCACGCCUAAACCGAAGUUACCAUGAGAGGCUUCUUUACUUCUAGCAUGCAAUAUCUCACAUAUAAAUUUGUGUGAGACCAUGUGAAAACUGCUUAAAUUACAGCCAUGCAAUCUGCUCUUUUGACCGUGCAGGAUUGUAAGGAAGGCCCUGUCUAAUAGUAAAUUUGUGUGCCAGUGGAUGGUUAUGUGUAUUACAAGGUAUUUCUAAAGUGGCACUGCAAAUAACUAUGCCAGACAAUGUGCAACACGAGAUUAUUUCAGGCUUCUUUUUAAUCUGACAGCCCCCUUUAGUGAGCUUUGUGCCACACUAGAACGAAGAAUAUAGAACUGCAGCACAAAUGGCACAAACAACAAAACUGGACAGCGGUAGUAUAUUGGAAACUCUGCCAGAGAGAAAUGCAACAAACUACCAAAAACAGCAAAUGGAGGACCUGAUGACAUUGGUUAUUGUAGGGGUUGAGGACGGACUUCGGGAUGAAAAACAAACUUGAGAGGGUUUAUUUUACAUUAUAUACAGAGAGGUGAGAGUCAAGUAACAGUCGUACAGUCAUUACAGGCCGGCAGCAACUCGGACGCUGCGGCCCGCAGCAAGAAGUUCGAGAGAGGUGAAUCAGGGAAUGCUCUGGGAUCCUCUAGAAUGCUUCUUUUAAACCCUUCGAGGACUGGAAGUCGCGUCAUGUUCGGCCAAUGGAAGAGCCCGCUCCGAUGACGCCACCUUCGGCCAAUGGCAGGCUCCCGUGCGGUGAUGUCACACCCGGUGGCUCUCUGCGGUCUUGCCUUGCUGACUUGCAAUGCGCUUCUUCAAAGGCGGAGAAGGGGGACGAUUGGGCUCCAUUGUCCGAGGGCUCACCUGCUCCCGGUGGUACGGCCCCGCUGUGGUGGCAAAUGCCUUCUUCAAAGGCGAAGAAGGGGGACGCUUGGGCCUUCCCGGUACAUCACAGCCGUCCGGUUGUCACGGCGCAUUACCGCCGUCAGGCCGUCCCGGCACAAUACCGGCGUCUUGGUUUGGCACCCACUUUACUUUCAACAGUGCUGGGCUAUCCCCUCGCUUUCUGGAAGAGUCAAGCAGAGAAUAGCUACCGAGGGGCACACGAAGUGGGGGCCGCCAACUUGUUUGCACUUGUCGUGCCUCAGGAAUGUGUCAUCCAUGCUUCUGCAUUCCUUACGUAGCAGUGGCGCGAUUCGAUGUGGUCUGGGGAACUCGAAGUAGGCUCAGGAAACAGCCCCAUAUCUAACAUUAUAUCCAUGGUGACGACCAUUCAAUUGGCCUCCAAGAUGGGGUUGAUGGCGCGCUUUAGGUUAUGGUUUCAGUUCUAUUAAUGACGGUGCAUGAAGGAAACAAAGCUUUUGGUCUUGUGCUUCUUUGGUGCGGCGCAAUUUCCUGCUAAAGUGCCAUUUUGGAGAAGGAUGAUGCACAGGACUGCUCUUGGCACAAUUAGGCACAAUUGGCGCAGCUGUUCCACUGCUGUUAGGUGUUUCAGGGCACCUUUAAGAAUGGCCCAUUCCACAUUUCAAAGCUUCAACCUGGAAGUGUAGCAUGGUCUAUUAAUAUUGAGUGUGUCUUUAUAUGGGACCUUUAACUCGGUCUGCCAAUUUUUUUUAUUCAAAUGAUAUCUCAUGAAAUCUUAUGUGUGUUGAGAAGAAUCACAAUAAAGCGGGACAGAUGCUGACUAAAGCUAGAUUGAAAGGCAACAGGUUAAAAGUAGGGGUGGGCAAAUAUCAAAAUGUUUGAAUACUAAUCGCAUACAAAUACGUAGCUUUGAAUAUAGAAUAAUGAUAGGCAGAUGCAUUUAUUCGCAAGUUUAGUUAUUGUAACAUCUUGGAACAUCGCAGUCACGUUAUCAGUGGUAAAAGACUAGACUAAAAGAUGGUGCAAUAUGACUCAGGUUAAUUUGGAAAAUGGAGUAAUGCCCACUAGAUGUCUGUUCUCGCCAACCUGUGCCUUAUUAUGCAAAUCAAAUGCCUGUAAACUCAGAGGCAUUUGACCCUGCGCCAGCCAUCACUCAUUGCAUUUGCUGUCAAGCAAUAGGCUCAGGAGUGGGGUUGGUGCUGCGGAAGUAAGAAAUGGGAAAGGCAAAAGCCGCAUUUAAAAAUUUAGGUGGUGCUGUACUGUUUGGCAUGAUCAUUGCUUAGAAAAGAAGUGCAACAUUGUCUUUCCUUUUUCCUAUGUUUUGUGCAACAUACAAGCAUAAAUUCUGCAGCACAGCUUGUGCAGCAAACCCCUU